AUGCGCCCUGCUCCUUCCGCGCGCCGGCCCUCCCCGUUGAGUCCGCCGUCGUCCCCCAUGCGGCGGCGCUCCGCGCCGUCCAGUCCGCCGUCGUCGCCCAUCAAGCGCCUCAAAACGUCGCUCGCCCCCACGCAAUCCCGCGCUGCGACGGCAGCGGCGGCGGCGGUGGCGGCUGCGGCAGCGCCAGGCGUGGGCACGGGCGGGCUGGUGGCGGCGGUGGAACCGCCCCCGGACUUCUCCUGCUGGACCGUCGCGGACGACCGCACGCUCUGGCGCGCCAUGGAGGUGCGCGCGCGCGUGGGGGGGGAAGGGCGGAAGGUGAUGGGUGGUUCGGGAAAGGGGGGGCGGGGGGAGAAGGGAAAGAGUGCAGAGAGGCUAGAAGCUGGAAGGGAGGGAGGGGAGCACUGGGCCUUGCCCGCCCCCGCCCUCCCUCUCCCCCACCGCCCUCCCCCCCUCCCCUCCUUCCCCCCCCCAUCCCCUCGUCUCCGCGCGCAUCCCCCCCAGGCGGGCAUAGCCAUGGAGGCGCUGGCGCGCGGGGCGCUGCGGUUCUCACGGCGCUUCUCCCUGAAGGAGCUGCGCGCGCGCUGGCGCGCCGUGCUGUACCACCCCCUGGAGAGCCCCCUGGCGGCCGCGCGCAUCGCCCAGGCGGAGAUGGCAGACGCCGCCAGGGCCAUGGGGAGGGGCGCGGGGGAGGGCGACGGAUGGGAAGGCGGGGGAAGAGUGGGAGCGGGGGGGGAGAGUGGGGAAGGGGAGGAAAGGGGAGAGGGGAGGUCGAUUGGAGGUGAGGCUGUGUUUCCUGGUGCUACUGCUGGUGCUGGUGGCGCUGCUGGUGCUGGGGGGUUGGAUGAUCGUUCUGGGGGUGGUGCUGGGGGUGGUGCUGGUGGUGCCGGUGGUGCUGGUGGUGCUGGUACCCCUGCUUCCCGCUCCCUACACUCGCAAGGCGGCAAUGCAGCAGGCCUGAUUGCGAAUAGCCGCCAUGUGCCUGCUGCUGGCGGUGGUAAUGGAAGCAGGGCGGAAGGAGCAGCGCGAGAGGGCAGGGGGACGGGCGAGGGGCGCCGGGGUGUUGUGAGGAGGCCAAGAGUGGUGCGUGCUGCUUAUUACAGAAUGAGGAAGCGGCGAGAGGGAGAUGGCGCGAAGGGCGGCUGUGGGGGGCGUGGAGGAGGUGGGUUGAGAGCAGUAGGAGCCGUUGGGGUAGGGGUGGGGGGGAGAGAUGAUAGAAUGGGGAGGCAGGAAGGUGGGAAGGGAGAAGGGGGAGGGGGAGGGGGUGCUGGGGAUGGGAGGCAGCAAGUGGGGGGUUGCGAGGAGGAGGAAGGUGGUGUGGGUGAGGAAGGUCGCGGAGGGGAGAAGGGGCGUGCGGCUAGGAAGAGACAGAGAGAGGAGGGUGGUGGAGGAAAAGGCGCAGAAGUAGCAGCAGCAGCAGAUAAUGAUGAUAAUGCGAGGAGAGAGGAAGGGGAUGUGGGGAAUGGAGAGGGGAGGGGUGUGGGUGGAAGUGGUGAGGAGGAGGCGAGUUUUGACCGCAUGCUGUGUGUGCUGGCGAGUGGUGGUGUGAGCGCUCUAGUGGGUGAACUGCAGGGCGGACAAGACGGGGUGCCGUUGCAUGGAGGGGAACAGCGAGACAGGGGAGAGGAUGGUGGAGGCGGAGGCGGAGGAGGAGAAGGGAAGGGGGUAAGAGGAGGAGGAGAAGAGGUGCGGAGGGGUGUUGAGCAGAGGGGCAGAAGGGUGAGGGAAGAGGGGGGGCCGGGGGAAGUGGAGGAGGAGGAGCCAGAGAGUGACACGGACUCGCUUCACUUCUCAGAUGCAGAGGAGAUGGUGCUGGACAUGGACCUGGAUCCCUCUGCUGACGAGCUCAUGCCCGCCCGCACAGCUCCGUACCCGUUCUUCACAAAUGACCAACUCCUCAUGCUUUUCUCUCUGCGCACUGCUCUCUCUGCUCCCUCCCCCUCCCCCUCCCGCGUGCUGCUCCCCCGUCUCCACACACCCACCCUCCUUCUGCGCCCACCUGUCUACCCCACCCGCACCCCCCCCCUCCUCCUCCCCACCUCCUCCUCCUCCGCCAUUUACCAGCGGCGCGCAUGCUAUCUCAUUCACAGCCUCAUGUGUUCGCACUCACAAGUUCAUAUUCCUCCUCUCCCCCCUCCCCUCCUCCCUCUUCUCCUCCCUCCCCUCCUCCCUCCUCUCCUCCCUCCCCUCCCCCCUUCUCCACGCCCCCGCGCCCCUCCUCCUGGGCAGGCGGUGAUAGAGCUGAGGGCGGAUGCGUGCUUCUACCUGAGGAACGAGGGGCGCAGGGACGUGACGGUCAACAAGGUGCCUGUGGAGCCGGGACAACAGGCCAUCCUCGCUAACAGCUGCCUCAUUGAGAUGGGCGGUGUGCAUCUGGUGUUUGAGAUCAACACACACUACGCCGAGGAAGUAGCAGCGUACAUGCGCGGCGCCCCACAAGGCCCGCUCCUGCCGCCCCACCUGCUGCCUCUCACGCCGAGCCAUCUCCCUAGCCACAUCCCUGUGCCGCCUCACUACGCCCACUCGCACCCACACACCCGCCCACACUCUCAGGGUUACAUGCAGAGCCAGGACGCAUCAGGGUAUACCAGCCAUGCGUAUGGGUAUGGCGGCGGGAGCUAUGGAAUGGGAAGGCCUGUGGGACCGUAUACCAUGUAUGGUGGGCCCAUGCAUGGAAGCAGCAUGCCAAGCACCAUGCCAAGCAGCAUGCCAGGCAGCAUGCCAGGCAGUAGCAUGCGGCCAUCCACCUCCUCCUCCAUGCCAUCGACUCCUUCUGGCCCGUCCGCCCGGUCUACUCUCCCAGGCGUGCAUUCACACUCGCCACACAUGCACGGCUCAGCAUCUCCUGUGCCCUACGCCUCCUCGGGUUAUAUGCAACCGCUCGGUUACCACCACUCUGCUCCUUCCUCCCAUGGUUCAACUCACCCGCUGUCUUCAGCUGGUCAGCAGGCCAAAGCUACUCAUCCUCCCCCCUACUCUCAUCCUCCUCCCUCCUCUCAUCCUCCUCCCUCCUCUCAUCUUGCUCCUUCCUCUCAUCCUUCUCCCUCCUCUCAUCCUCCUCCUUCUCAUCCUCCCCCCUCCUCUCAUCCUCCGCCCUCCUCUCAUCCUCCCCCCUCGCAUCCUCCUCCUUCCACCCACCCUCCUCCCUCCUCCCAUCCUUCUCCCUCCUCUCAUCCUCCUCCCUCCUCUCAUCCCCUCUCCUCUCAUCCAUCUUCCUCCACUCAUCCUCAUCCCUCCUCUCUUCCUCCCCCCUCCUCUCACCCUCCUCCCUCCUCACACCCUCCUCCUUCCACACGCCCUCCUUCCUCCAUCCCCCCUGUCCCUUCCCCACCAAUCAAAUCUCGCACGGACCCGACUUAUUCCGCAUCCGGCUCUCUUGCUGCAGCGCACCCAUCACUCCACUUUCACCAGCCCCACCUCGCACCCACUCACUCUCACCCUCACGCCGCUCUCUCUGCCCCCAGUCCUUCUUUUCCCAGAGAUUUACCUACUACCCUCCAUCACCCCGCCCGGCCCUCCUUCCCACCAUCCAUGCCCCACACACCUCCUCUUCCAGAAACCGUUUCCUCCAGACCCUCCUCUGUGUUUCCUGACUCUGCUCCUGCCUCUGUCCCUGCCUCAGCUGUUCGUCGCACCCCUUCUCCUGCCUCAAAUCCCACAACCUCUGCUCCUGCUGCAACCCUAACUACUGCCGAUUCCGCCGUAACUGGUGCCGCCCCAUCUCCUUCCACCGCGCCCCUGUAA